CCUGAGAACGGUUUGUCGGCGGAGGGGAGCGUUGUGCGCGGGGCUGCGCCGGUGGCCUUCAGUUCUCAGUGUUGCGCUCCACCGCCAGCCGUCGGGCCGCCAGAUGGUGGGGCCGGAGGAUGCUGGAGCCUGUCCGGGAAGGAAGCCCAGACUGUUCCCUCCGCCGGGGCCUGAGCCCGGGGGCCGGGACGGAAGGAUGAUCGGGGCCACGGGCGGCCCCGGUAGCUGCUGCCUGGAGCCGCAGGAGGAGGAGGAAGAGGAGGAAGAAUCGGAGGAGGAAGAAUCGGAGGAGGAGGAGGGGGCGACGCCGCCGCCUCAGCGGCUGAUUCAGCGUUACUUGGCGGCGGCCGGCGGGCAGCUGGAGCCGGGACUGUGCCACUGUAGCCCGCUCACCGGCAGCCAGGCCGGUCGCCCCUUGCCGCCUCCGGGCUCGGUUUCCCGGCUCUGCGUGGACGAGCCAGACGGGAAGUCCCCUCCGGGCGGCGGCCCAGGGCCCCGGCGCCCUAGGAUGACCAACGGCGACUCGGGCUUCCUUCUGGGCCCGGGCUGUCACGAUCUCGAGGCCGGUGGGCUGCCCCUACCGGCUCGGCCCUGCACGUCGCCGGUCCAGGAGGGAGACAGUGGCGGCAGCUUCCACCGCUUUUCCCGGGAGCCGCGCUGCUGCCGCGCCUCCAGCCUCCGCCGCCUGCCUGGGGCCGACGACAGAGGCGAGAGUCCACCGGACGGGGCGACGCCGCUGGAGGAUCCACUCCGGAGCUGCCGCCUGGGAGUGGCUGAGCCGAUGGAGCCCAGCGGCGGCUCGGGUUCAGAGGACGCUCGCGGAGGGGCCACCCAGCGCGGCGAGGAGACUGAGGAGAGGACUCUGGGGGGUCGCCCAGCAGAGCCUGGCUUUUGCUUCACAGAUGUGAACUUGAACUCUCGUAACACGUACGAGGUGAGUCGCCGGCAGAGCGCCCCAGACUACCUGGCCCAGGCGGGGCUCCUGCUGCCCCAGCCUGCGUCGGAGCUGGGCCCGGCGGGGGCUGCGGCCAAAGCCCGGAGGAGCGGCGGCGGCGGCGGAGCUGGAGGGGCCGGAGGAGGAGGCUGUAGCGGCGGCGGCAGCGGAGGAGGAGGAGGCGGAGGCUUUGCGGACUUCUUCACCAGAAAUUUUUUUCCAAAAAGGACGAAGGAAUUGAAAUCUGCUGUCCAUAGUGCUCCUGGCUGGAAGUUAUUUGGUAAAGUCCCACCCAGGGAGAAUCUUCAGAAGGCUUCGAAAAUUAUUCAGCAGGAAUAUGAAGCACGAACAGGAAGGACAUGUAAACCUCCACUUCCAUCCACAAGACGUAAAAAUUUCGAAUUUGAACCACUUUCAACAACUGCUCUCAUUCUUGAGGACCGACCAUCAAAUCUUCCAGCUAAGUCAGUUGAAGAAGCUUUACGUCAUAGACAAGAAUAUGAUGAAAUGGUGGCUGAGGCUAAAAAAAGAGAAAUUAAAGAAGCACAUAAAAGGAAAAAAAUAAUGAAAGAACGAUUUAAACAAGAAGAGAAUAUUGCAAGUGCGAUGGUGAUAUGGGUCAAUGAGAUACUACCAAAUUGGGAAGGAAUGCGAAGUACAAGGAGAGUUCGAGAAUUGUGGUGGCAAGGACUGCCUCCUAGUGUUCGUGGAAAAGUAUGGAGUCUAGCUGUGGGCAAUGAACUCAAUAUCACUCCUGAACUUUAUGAAAUUUUCCUCUCCAGAGCAAAGGAACGAUGGAAAAGCUUCAGUGAAACAAGUACAGAGAAUGACAUAGAAGAUGUAGGUGUAUCAGUUGCUGACCGGGAAGCUAGUCUGGAAUUAAUUAAACUGGACAUAUCUCGCACAUUCCCUUCUCUCUACAUCUUUCAGAAGGGUGGUCCUUAUCAUGAUGUCUUACAUAGUAUCUUAGGAGCAUAUACGUGUUACAGGCCUGACGUUGGUUAUGUCCAAGGGAUGUCCUUCAUUGCUGCAGUACUCAUUCUCAACUUGGAAGAGGCGGAUGCUUUCAUUGCCUUUGCAAAUCUCUUGAAUAAGCCAUGCCAGUUGGCCUUUUUCCGAGUAGAUCAUAGUAUGAUGCUGAAAUAUUUUGCAACGUUUGAAGUAUUCUUUGAAGAAAAUCUCUCCAAACUGUUUCUUCACUUCAAGUCUUACAGUCUUACACCUGACAUAUACUUGAUAGAUUGGAUCUUCACGCUGUAUAGCAAGUCACUUCCACUUGAUCUGGCCUGUCGAGUUUGGGACGUCUUUUGUAGAGAUGGAGAAGAAUUUUUAUUUAGAACAGGAUUAGGAAUCCUUCGAUUAUAUGAAGAUAUACUUCUGCAAAUGGACUUUAUUCAUAUAGCACAGUUUUUAACCAAACUUCCAGAGGACAUCACGUCAGAAAAGCUUUUCAGUUGUAUAGCAGCUAUUCAGAUGCAAAAUAGCACCAAAAAAUGGACACAGGUGUUUGCAUCUGUAAUGAAGGAUAUUAAAGAAGGGGACAAGAACCAUAGUCCAGCACUGAAAAGCUAAUCUUCACAAUUAAAAGAGUAAUUAAAUGUAGAAAACAAGGCAUUAAAACAUUUUUUCCUAUGUGAAAAACAUUAGAGAAAAAUAUUGGAGAAAUCCAGAAGAAUCAAGAGAGAUGGACAAAUGUUGAAUUUUCACUCAGUGGCAAAAGUAGAUAAAUGGAUAUCCAGUUGCCAGUAUUAUUUUUUAAAGUAUUGUGUGGGGAAAACAGUUUUCACAAAGAAAAACUGAAAGUGGCUAGUUCAUAUUCCAUAAUUUGAGGUAAAGAGUUUAAUGCAAUAAAAUUUUCAAUAAUCUUGGUUGGUACUUAAAAGUUUUUGAGGCAUGAUUAUUUUCUUUUUAAAGUUACCAGAAAGGCACUUUUGGAGGUCAAAAAGGGGCAUGUUAAAUAGUAUGAACCCCAGACUGCUUUCAGAACCAAACCCCUCAAUACAGAUAUUACCUCCAGAUUUAACCAGUUGAAAAUACUAUGGACCAAAUAAAUUUCUUUGUUGUCUAUGUGCCUAAGAAUAUGAAACAUUGAGUUAAACUUAUUUGGGUCACUGAUGUCAUUCAGUUUCAUCCAUCAGUUGGGACAAAUAUGUGUAACUCAGGAACUGGAAAUAUUGGAGGUAGAUUAUACUUCACUGGUUUCAGGUAUUUUUUUUUUCUGUAGUAUUGUAUGUUCAUUAUUGAAGAAAAUUAUGUGGAUAUUCCUCAAGAGAUUGUUACCAACAGAGGAAUGUUAUUUCCAUUUCUAGUUUAAGAAAUGAUUUUAUUCAUGGUCAUAAAACACUAUGAAAAUGAGAAAAAAUAGUGGAAGGAAAAGUUUUUCUUUGCACUUUAGAGGGCAGAAGUUUUGGCUUUGGUAGUCAAUCCAUAAAUGUUAAAGUGAAGUUUUACAGUGAUUGUUUAAUCACAGUAAAGAAACUACCCUAGUAUAUAAUGCUGACAGUUUUAAGUAGCAUGGUGCUUGGCAAAGACUUGACAUUCUUUGUACUUAAAUCCUUCCACUGUUAGACAAUGAAAUUUUGUAAAUAUAGAUUUGACAUUUGAAAUUUUAAUUUAUAGCCAAGUCAGUGACUUGCAAAAUGUGUUCUAGCUGACAAAAAAAACCCUAAUUUUUUAAUCAAUGGAAAUGAGUAAAUAGCAGUAAUACAAUUCAACAUUAACUUUUUCUAAUGAGUCAAACUUUGAUGAUAUUUAUUGUGUAUUGAUUAUGUUAAUCACUGGUAGACUUGAGAUCAAAUUUAUCACUACAACAUUUUAAUUUUGAAACUAAAAUGAAUCAUUUCAAUGUUAAGAGCAGUAUCUGCAUAACAUGCUACUUAUUUAAAGAAUGCUUUUAUGUUUCAGUUUGGUUUAUAACUACCUUUAAGUACAUUAUUUAUAUUGUUAAUAUGUAGUCUUCAAACUAACAGGUCUGGUAUCCUUCCUAGUCUAUGUGGUGACUGCCUCUUUAGGAACAUGGAACCUGAGAGUGCCUGUUUAUUAUUCCAGCACUGUGACUUGGUAAGGCCUCUCAGUAAUUACUCCAAGCAGUGGAGGUUGCUUUAGGGGAGGAAACAUUUUGUGAAAUAAUUUGGUAGGGGUAAUAUCACAAUAAGAAGCCGCCCCAGUUUCUGAAAUAAGUGACUAUAGUCAUUCCUUCCUGCCCAGGCAUCUACUUUGUUUUGUUUCAUGGGCGGAAAAGUGUUUAGUAGAGAGUAGAGGAGCAUUGAAUCCUGGCAGUUAACCAUAUUGAGAAUACCACAUGUCUAAGUUAAAUUUUAUUUUUAUGUAUUCAUUUAUUUAGUUUGGAACCAAGUUAUUUCUUCUAAUUUUGUUUUAUUGUUGUACAGUUUCUUUACCUUUCAAAUAUAAGCUUGUAUAUAAAAAUGUAAAUACAAGGGAUACAUUAAAGACCACUAAUAAUUCCUAUGUAAAUAAAAUUGUAAACAGAGUAA